UCGGCAGAGAAGCACGCGUGUGAGGCAAAACGGAAGCCAGUGCAGGAGAUCGCAGCGUGCGCCUCACCGCUCCUGCUACCCGUUUCCUGCUGGCUGCCUCGCCGCUGCUACCGCUGUCCGUUCUCGCCUCCCGCUCCGAAAUUAUAUGGCAGUUUUGGUAUCGCGCUCCGUGGUGGCCGCAAUGGGCUAGUAGUUUUUUUUUUUUUCACUUCUUCGGUUCGGUUUCGACGACGGGUAGUUCUCUCGGGGUAUGACGGCCAAGUCUGGGGGAUCGUUCUAGAAGAGGCGAAGAAGAUGUUACGAAAAAAUCGCGCGUCCGCACUGCUUAAGCUUCUCGUCGCUGCCCUUCUCGUCGUAGUCGUCACGUUACCAGGUUCUCAUCAGGGACCUCACGAAAAAAAGUUGCUCAAUACUCUGUUAGAGAAUUAUAAUGUAUUGGAAAGACCUGUCGCCAACGAGUCAGAAGCUCUUGAAGUGAAAUUCGGCCUAACUUUGCAGCAGAUCAUUGACGUGGACGAAAAGAAUCAGAUACUCACGACAAAUGCUUGGUUAAAUUUGGAAUGGAAUGACUACAACUUACGAUGGAACGAGUCGGAGUAUGGUGGGGUCAAGGACUUGAGAAUUACACCAAACAAGCUAUGGAAACCGGAUGUUCUUAUGUAUAACAGUGCUGAUGAGGGUUUCGACGGAACUUUCCAAACAAACGUUGUGGUCAAACAUAACGGCAGCUGCUUGUACAUCCCUCCGGGUAUCUUCAAGAGCACAUGCAAGAUAGACAUUACGUGGUUCCCAUUUGAUGACCAACACUGUGACAUGAAGUUUGGUAGCUGGACCCAUGACGGCAACCAGCUCGAUCUAAUAUUGAACUCGGAAGGGGGCGGUGACCUCUCAGAUUUCAUCACCAACGGCGAGUGGUAUCUUAUAGGAAUGCCCGGGAAAAAGAACACCAUUAUCUACGCGUGUUGUCCGGAACCAUACGUAGACGUCACCUUCACCAUCCAAAUCAGAAGGCGAACGCUCUACUAUUUUUUCAACCUCAUAGUUCCUUGCGUGCUGAUAUCGUCGAUGGCAUUGUUGGGAUUCACAUUGCCACCCGAUUCCGGCGAAAAACUAACCCUAGGUGUCACCAUUCUUCUUUCAUUGACAGUAUUUCUGAACCUAGUUGCUGAAAAGAUACCGACAACAUCCGAUGCAGUUCCAUUGAUAGGAGUGACCAUCUUACUCUCGUUGACUGUGUUCCUCAACCUCGUGGCUGAAACCCUGCCCCAAGUAUCUGACGCCAUUCCCCUGUUAGGUACAUAUUUCAAUUGCAUCAUGUUCAUGGUCGCCUCGUCCGUGGUCCUUACGGUGGUCGUUUUGAACUAUCACCACCGCACUGCGGACAUACACGAAAUGCCACAAUGGAUCAAGACCGUGUUUCUGCAGUGGCUUCCGUGGAUAUUGGGUAUGAGCCGGCCGGGGAAAAAGAUAACGCGCAAAACGAUCAUGAUGAACAGUCGAAUGAAAGAGUUGGAGCUGAAAGAGCGUUCGUCGAAAAGUCUUUUGGCGAACGUGCUCGACAUCGACGACGACAUUCGCAACGUUUCGGGGGUGUCGGGCAACAGUUCGACGAUGAUGACGACGAGCUUGGGCACGACCUUCGGCAGGGGCGCGACGACCAUUGAAGAUACCGCGUUGCCCGGCACCAGCGGCCAACGCGACCUCCAACUCAUCCUGAAGGAAUUGCAAUUUAUCACGAACCGUAUGAAGAAAGCGGACGAGGAAGCGGAAGUGAUAAGCGAUUGGAAGUUCGCGGCCAUGGUGGUGGACCGGUUCUGUCUCAUCAUAUUCACAUUGUUCACCAUCAUCGCGACGGUUGCGGUUUUACUUUCCGCGCCGCAUAUAAUAGUGCAGUAAAACAAAAGAAAAAAAUGGACGUUAUUUUACUGUGAUAAGACAGCGGCGUCCGUGGCGGCACUGGGCAAUGUGCAAACGUGCCUUCCCUGUGGAACAUUCACGAGCUGUUUAAAGUUAAAAGGCAGGCACCUAUGUGCACGUUAUUGCUAUAAAAGCUAUACCCGUGCCGUGCGCGGGGCGGAUUUCACCACUUCCGGAUUAAUACGAACCGCUUUUUCGCAACUACCGCACAGGGACAGUGACGACAACAUUCAUAGACUUAAAACCGACUUUUAGGCCGCGCCCCCCUUAUCCCAUCCAACCCUAACGAUUCAUCCCAUCAUGGUAAGUCGGUUUCAUCCCGUGUUAAUAUUUUCUUGUUUUUUUUUUCCUAAAGAGUACUACGUGCAAGUAGCUAGUUGGUAGAUUAACAUUAGUUCGAGGUACACACGUGUCUGCCUUUUGUUCGCCCAUUUAAUACAAAAAUUAAAGGUGUCCACCUGUAUAAAAUAAACCUAUUGUGAUGAACUUCGCAAAUUAAUGACUAAAAUUAAAGAUCAGUUUUAUAGGAUAAAUAGGUGUAAAACUAACCCGAAAGUCCGGAAUUUCGUAAUCGGGCGUGUUUGUUUUUCGUUCCACUCUAUUCACGAGACUCGACCACACAUUUCCAUCUAUACGAGGGCGGUCGAAUUUGAACAUCUAAUCGUAUUUUUAUUGAUCGAUGUCGAAUUCUACUGCCCGAACUGAUGCCGGCAGCGUUUGGACUUCGUGUUCGGUUGCACCCAUAUGAAAAAAAUUUUCAAAUGGUAUUUGGAUUGAACACAAUUUUAAUAUGAAAUUUUUAUUUUAAAAAUGAAUCCGAACGCUCUGGACUUCUAGCGGCUUGUCUUUGAUUUGAUCUAAUUUCGGUUAGUUGUUAGCUUAUGUAAAUAAAUAAGCGCGUAGAUUUAAAAAAAUAAAAUAAAACGCAACCCCCAUUUAAAGCGGCGCGAUACGGAAAAAGAGAGAAAAAAUCCCCUUUCUACGUAAAACCGCCCGAUUAACGAACACCCUGUUUUUUAUACUCGAACCUAUAUCGAAUGGAAGCAACGUCGCGAAAGGACUCCGCCCGGAUGCGCCCCCCGUCACACCCCUGGCGAAUAAAUAAUCCUGGUACAAUUUAAUGAGGCAUUUCGCGCGUUCGAUGUGAUUUUUUUUUGGUCCAAAAAAAAAAAAAAAUAAUGAUAUCGCAAAGUAUAUUUAACAAGUAACAAAAAACAAAUAAAAAAACUGCUAGUAACUGAUUAAUAAUAAAUCAAAUCAGAAGCUUACCUUUACAUUACGUAAAUUACCCACACUACUAAAAUUGGAUUUAUUUUUUAUACAGAAUGAGUCGAACAGAUGGGGACGGGGUGACACAUUAUUAAUUUCACCUCCCGUUUCUGUUACACAGAGCUUAAUAUAAAAAAGGGUUUUCAUCUACAAAUAUGACAGUUUGUUGAAAAUUCGUUCAAUUAAAAUUUGCAUGUACGUUUUUUAAGUAAAAACAGCAUAUCAGCUGUACGCUAUUUCCACUCAAAAUUGCGCCUAUAUUUCGUUGGAUACACCCUUCACUUUGAAUAAUUUUUUCUUUUGUACAUUAAUCACUGAAUUAGAAAUAAUAAAAAGAGAUUUUUGAAUAUAAAAAUUAAAAUAUCCACAAAGAGUCUAGUUUUGUUUUUCUUCCUUUUUAAUCAAAAUAUCCUAGCAUAGAUAAUACCAAUACUGUUAAUGUUACAUUUUUAUGAAAGUUCCAGCGAUAAAAAGACCUCUGAUAUUGCUUUAAUAAAACUAACGAAGAAAAUAAGCACAAAAAUGUAUUUUUUUUCCUUAAUAACGAUAAUAUGCAACAACUUCAUUAUAAUCACAGACAUCUCAAAAACUGCAAUUAAAAUAAAAAAGAUAUACAAGAGAGAAAAAAUAAACGAAAUAAAUUUUAAUCUCGAGGAAUCUCGGGGGGUUAAUAAGCCCCUUUUUUUCUGCGGAUAUGAUUUAUAUGAACAGUGUAAACUACACACUCCAAGAAUAUGUGGGAAACUGGAAGAUUUAUAAAUACAAAUAUUAACCCUCUGUAUUAGAGAAUCUGUAGCUAGGGAUUGAAGCAACUCACCCUGUAUAAAAGAGUGAAGAAUACCUACUCAAUUUUUUUUUAAGCUAUAACAUAAUGAAUAAAUGAAACUAGUAAAAAUCGCAAAUUCUCAAGAAAUUGAUGGAAAAAAAAAUUGCAAAAAAUCGCCAACGAUAUAACGACAUGAUUCCGUGACAUUAUGCUGGUGAACGGAAUGCCUCGCCGGAUUUAAAAAUAGGAUUCGGGACGCGUGAGGUAUGGUAAUGAACAAUAUCCGGGCAUUUUUGCGCCCAAAACCACCCCCACCCCGGACCUACGCCACGCCGCCCCCAUUGAAUCGACCUGGAAAUCAUAAUUCUCGCGUCACGUGAAGUCGGCGGUGGUCAUCUCCGUGUUGCGUGGUCCUGGCUCCAUUCCGACGAUGCUUCCGCUCGAAAUCAACUCGUCACGUUAUUAUUAUACGAACGCGGCACCAUAUACGCGACAGAAAUUGAUUGGGGGGUCCUCCCUCAACCCCACAUUGAGCGCGCACGGAGAUUUCGCAUACUUUCCACCCCGAAAUACAUUCUGGAAAAUCUCACCCCCCCGAUGCUGCGCCGCGCGACCCCAACUGGAGUCCCAAUCAGCCACCCCCACCCCCCCAAAAUUCGACCGCUUUCUAUUUUUUUAUAUAUACGAUUUGUUAAUCUGCCGCGUACGUGUGGCUCCCCGUUAAUAUGAUAUUCUCUUUUUAUAUAUCACGUGUUUAUAUUCUUUAUAAAAAAGAGAGAAAUGCAUUCAUUACAUCUCAAUUGCCGAGACGUUUUGAUAAAAGCGAAUAACCACACAACCUGGCGGUAACAAUAAUGUUCGUUACUUAAAAAAAAAUGUAUUAAAGUACUUAACAAUAGAAUUUAAUACGAUUUUAAUAAAAAACUUAAAAAAAGAAAUACGAAAUUCUUUGGGCAUUUUGUAAACAUAGCGUUAAAUACCACACUCACAUAUCUAUCCCGUAGUUUGACAAGUUCCCGUUGGACAUUUUUUCUGCAUGACCUCCCAGCAUUCGAAAUCUAAAUGUCGACCAAAAUUUUGAAUUCCCCCGAAACGCGUUCAUUUUGCGAACAUCCCCUUUUCCCUCACGCUGUUAGAAUUGAAGAAGGCCAUUAAAAGCGAUGACCAACAUAGCCUAGAAUCCUCAGCGAAAGCAGUUAGCGUAAUACGAAUGUAUUUGCAGAGAUAUGUAUCCGACUUUAGAAUAUUUUAAGAGAUACAACCAUGGGCUUCGUUUGAUUUAUGUAUAAAAUCAUAUGCAGUGUCCCCCAAAGAAUUGGACGUGUUUGUUAAGCUAUUUUCUGCUCAAAAAUGAGGAAUAAGGUGGCAUUCAGAACCAACAAACAAUUUAAGCUUUUAAUACCUUUAUUAAACAUGUAAAAUGGCUACUGAAUUUACUCUUUGAUACCACGCAGUAUGUAAAAAAAGAAUUAUUUCAGUUUCUAAUGCAAUAUUUUAUUACGUACAUGGUAUUAGGUAUUGUAUGAAAAACUUGUAAAUAGCAUUUUAUGAAAUUUAAGUUUCAAAAAAAAAUCUAAUAUACCUAAUACAUGUUUCAUUUGAAAAUUAAUUGAAAACAAAUAUUUCAAAAAAAUUUCCUCAAAAACAUUUCCUCAAAAUGCGUGAAAUUCCUAAAACAAAUUGGGCCGUGGUGUGUGAACGUGUGGAUCCAAAUUUUUGGCGGACGCUGGAUAAAUAUAUAUAUUAAUAUAUAUAAUGUACAAGAAUAAUGGAAGUUCGCGCUCAAAACUAUCAACUUGCGUUGCCUUUGCUAACUCAUAUGUUUACGUUUUGUUAUCCCAAAGCUGGAAUUACAGAAAAUUAUGUCGAAUAAUUGUAUAUUAUAUUGAUGAAAUAUACAA